GGCUUCUGCCUCCACCUCGGGCGCUGACCUAGAGGAGGAGGCAGAGGGGCGGGGGGCGGGGGGAGGGAGGGAGGAGAGGGAGGAAAAAAAAAAAAAACCUCCCAGCCAGCACAGUGCGCCUGUGCGGCCCGCCCCUAGCUCCCUCUUCGUCUUUCCUCCGUCCCUCGUCGGCGGCGGCAAGUCCUGCAGGACCCAACGGCUCGGCUGCCGGCGCCGGAAGCGGAACUCUUUGGCGCCCGGCAGCCCCGCCUCCUGUGGGGCGCCAUCUUGGAUGCCCAGGAGGAGCGGCUGGGGGGCGGAAGUGCCGGGCGGCAGCCUCCCGAAGCCAGCGAACCGGCGGCUGCAGGGCCGCUCCUCCUCCUCCUCCUUCCCGUGGCCCUGAGGGGAGCCGUGGCCCGGCCGCAGCGGCGCAGCGAGCAACAGAAUGUCCGAAGGAGACAGCGUUGGAGAUUCUGUUCAUGGGAAGCCUUCUGUGGUGUUUAGAUUUUUCACAAGACUUGGACAGAUUUACCAGUCCUGGUUAGACAAAUCAACUCCUUAUACAGCUGUGCGAUGGGUUGUAACUUUGGGGCUAAGUUUCAUCUACAUGAUUAGAGUUUAUCUAUUACAGGGUUGGUACAUCGUGACGUACGCCUUGGGAAUCUACCAUCUCAAUCUUUUCAUAGCUUUCCUUUCGCCAAAGGUAGAUCCCUCCUUAAUGGAAGACUCAGAUGAAGGGCCUUCCUUACCAACAAAACAAAAUGAGGAAUUUCGUCCUUUCAUUCGAAGGCUUCCAGAAUUUAAAUUUUGGCACUCUGCUACUAAGGGCAUUCUCGUUGCUAUGAUUUGUACAUUUUUUGAUGCUUUCAACGUCCCAGUAUUCUGGCCGAUCCUUGUGAUGUACUUUGUCAUGCUUUUCUGUAUCACCAUGAAGAGGCAAAUAAAGCAUAUGAUAAAAUACAGGUAUAUACCGUUCACACAUGGGAAGAGGAAAUACAAAGGGAAGGAAGACAUGGGGAAGACAUUUGCUAGUUAGAAUCUGAACUGACCCUGUCGCCACAUAAUCCGAGAAGAACCGUUUUGAGCCAUUGUAACAAUGCCUUUUUUCUUCAUAUAAAGUAGUUGAUUACGAGGGAGUCGAAAUUUUCUUUGUAAAAAGGAUCUUCAAUUAUUUGUAACUGAAAUGCCAGAGAGGUUCUCGAAGACGCUGGCAUUUAAACCAAAUUGCAUCGAGUUCAUUUUUCGGUCAUGUCACGUGUUUCACUCUGAAGGGAUUCUGGUAGACUGCGACAGUGGGUGAACAGUCUUAUGUUAAGGUGACGUUUCUCCGUCAUCCAUUUGCAUGGCCCUCGAGUAUGAGUGAGGAAGGAGGGAGGGAAGCAUGCUGGAAGCGGCUUUGUGCUUCCUAAGUAGCACGGCAUUCGUGGGGAUGUCUCUAAGGCCUCCCUCAGAUGCAUUUGGCGACCUUCAGCUGUCUGGGCACAUGCAUGGUAUGUGGGGGCCAUAAUCAAGUCAUUGAAUAGUAGAUCUGAUGAUAAAUUGAAUGCUGCCUUUUUCCUAAAGAACUUAACAUUUUAAAGGUGAUUUUCAAGUAACUGUGUAUGGGGAUCUAAUGCCAGUUUCCUAAUUGCAUCUUACUAGAGAUGUUUAAAGUUUGGUUCUUUUCAUAAUGACUCAAAACUUUGUUCUUAAUGACCAUGAUUUCUUUUGAGGGCCCUGAAUUAUAAAUAUAUAAAUAUAUAUAUUUUCAUUGUUUGAAAUUAUUUUGACACAUUUCUUUGAUACUUAAAAAAGUGGGUUGGUUUUGUUUUGGUUUGGGGUUGGUUUUGUUUUUUUUUGUUUUUUUUGGAUUAACUUUUUUUCCUUUGUGCAUCCCCAUCAGAACUCAACACAACUGGCAGUAACAGACCAAUUUUGUGGGUUUUAAACAUAGCUCUUCAUUUUCUAUGGAAAAAAAAUAGAACUAUGACCUGCAUGUAAACUUUUUUGAUGUGAUAAAACUCUAAAAUUUUAUUAAGUGACUUUUUAAUUCCAGACUUUAUUAAAGAUAGUGUCCCCUUUCUUGUGUUAGUCUUUAUAUAAGAACACUACAACUCAUCACAUACCACAAUAAAACCAAGCUGGUAAAAAUAUAAUUUUUUUCUGCAACUGAAUCAUUUCAGCUGACAGCUACAGAAAAAAAUACAAAAUCUCUGGAUGAAUUGCCACUAUGGUCUUAAGAUGGCAUAGUGGAAAUUAAUGUAUUGGCUCCCUGAUCUUAGAGCAAUGCAUAGAAUAGACACUUUGAGGACUAUUUUUAAUAGUAUCCUUUAAUUAUAAGUGCUAAGAUUGGGGGUUUAUAUGAAUAUGGUCACUAUUACCCAGAUACAUAUGCAGUGUUUGGUUAGGGGAUUUCUAGAAUUGAAGCAUUAAAAAUUUUUUUGUUCUACAUUAAGAGAUUAUACAGUAAAAGUACUCUUGAAGGCUUCAGCCCUCUAUAUGAAGUUCAUAUUUAAAUGAUCAUCAGAAUUGAGACAUUGUGCUUUUUAAGGCAAGUUAUCCUCUACCAUCUAUAGGUGUUUCCCAAAGACAUUCCAAGUAUUAUUAAUUUGAUAGUUAAAUCACUGUCCUCUCGUAAAUGAUUUUUUAAAAGCAGUGAGAUAUGUAUGGCAGUACUGUAUUGCACACUUGGUAAAAAUGUGAAUUUAAAGAUUUUUAUAACUUUUAAAAAUACGCAGUAUAAGCAUGUUAACUUUUCCAACACUUACCUUAAAAAUCUGCCCACAGUUAAGCUUUAUCUGGCAAAAACCAAAGCCAUUGGAUUUAGCUUUUCCACUUGACAAGUUUCAUUCAUGGGGGGUGCUCUUUUUUCUAGGGAUGGUUACUUAGAGGCUGAGCAUGUGCCUUUUACUACUUUGUUGGCAGGAAUCCUUCUGUUUGGCUGGUAUUAGUAAUCUCUAUCUGGUCUCAUAACCCACUGUAUUUGACUCCUAAUGUAGAUUCACUGGGUUCAGUCAGCUUGUAGUGAAACUUAACCUUUCUGUUAUAUGUUCUAAAUUAAAUGGUUAUUGCAGGCAACUUUUAUUAAAAGUUAAUUGGGAAGUAGUUUGUAUUGGAAAGAAGCAAAAAUUUAUAGUUUUAAAUGCCCACUUUUGCCUCUCUGGGCUUCUGGCCUGCUGGGGGGGCGGCUUAGAAUGUUUUUAAAGAUGUAACAGAAAUAAUAUUUCUGCUAGAUUUAAAGUUAACACAUUUUUCUGUUGCACCUUUAAAAUGUCAUUCGUUAGCAAAGUUAUUCACUGACCAAGAGCAAUUACUGUUGCUAUUGGUGGAAUUGAAAAAAAUUAUUUUUCCACAGAUUUGUGUGGACUGGUACAAUUCAUGAAUUCAGGAGGUAGAGAGAUGGACCAAAAGAAGAGGUUGAGGACAGCAUUCUUUAUUUGGGCUGGGUUAAAACCAGUCACUCUGUGACACCUGACAGAGUGGUUCUGAUUUGGUUAGCCAAGGUCCUUUCACCUCUCCAACACUGAGAUUAUUCAGUGAGUGGGAAAGGUCAUGUGUGUAACUCAUGAGUUGGCCUGACUUUGUUGGCAGGAAAAGCACCUGGAGAGGCAGAGAACUGAAUUGCCAGCCAGAGCAUGGCUUUCUCUGGUAGCAGAGGAGAACGCAUUUGGUCCAGUGGGCUGAAGGGUGGGUUUUGUUGUUUCCUGGGAGAAUAACCAGACGUUUUUCUUGAAAGCAUGUGCCAAAUAUGAGCUUGGGUCGACAACCAAGCAAGCCCUAGUACAUAGAGAGAAUGGUUUGGGCCAUUCAUCACUUGGCAGCCAAUCACUGAAUUCACACUUUGCACCUGGAUGAAGUACCAAGUUUUCUAAAUCAUUAACUCAUGAAUAAACCUGAUAUUGAAAUUAUUAUACCAUAAUUAUAUACACAAACCUUUAUUAUUGACUGCUUAGAAUGUAAAUUCAGAAGAAUCUGGUUUCAGCUGUGUGUGAGUUAAGGGGUAAGGAAGAAAACCUAAAACUGCUUUUUUUGGAUAAACACAGUGAGCCCCUUUCUGAAUAAGCAAAAUGCCAGCUUCUCAGAAACUGUUUUUAAGUAGCACAGAAAUUGUGGGAAAGGAAGUUAGAGUACUGUUUGUCCAAAAUAGUCAACUUAAUUAUCUCAGACUAAUUAAAAAGGAAGAUGGACAUGUGUACAUUUGGCAACAAUAUCUAAGAUCCAGGGUGAAUUAUCUGAGUCGAAUGGAGCUUGCCUUUGUGUGUAUGUUCCAGUGUGAACGUGCAUACUUGUUUGAAGUCCUGUCCUUGAAUAGGAAGGACAUCGUAAUACUCCAAAGUUACCAUAUUAAGUUAGGCCUAGCUUCCUACCCUUUCCCCUGAAAGAGUGGACAAAGUACCUUAGGCAAUGAUUUCAAAAACAACUUUGAUAAUUUCAGUGCUAAUUAAGUCACCAUGAUUCUGGAUAAAUUAAAAUGAACUCUGCUUUUGGUCCAUUAAUAAAGACAUCAUGAUCUCUUGA